AUGCUGAACUCGCGCAGCGUGAGCCAGUUGAUCUGUAAGGGGAGGUCGAUCGAAGAGCUCCCCAGCUGCAUAGGCACUGUAAUCUUGAACACGAACUCGCGCGCCCAUUUGUCCAGAGACUUGAACUCGCGGAUGAGCAGGUCGAUCGAGCCCAUCUUGGACUUGGCGUCGGAAAAGUCGUCGUUUUGGAUCGAAAGCAGAAGAUCCAAGAUAUGUGUCAUAGCUGCAAACUGCGACGGCAGAGAAUUGAAGUCGGGAUGCUGUUUCUGA